UGUAUAUAGCACCUUUAAAGAAGAACUCAAAGUGGUUACAUCUACAUGGAUUCAUUUGGCUAUCGUAUAUACCAUAUUGGUGGCUUUCAGAUAAGAUAAAUCAAUGCAACCACAUAGAGGUCUCAAUUGCAAGCGACUGGCCAGGCUGGAUUGUACAGAAGUGUGGACUUCGUCUUGUGGAAUCGAGUUUUGGUAAAUUCGAUUCCACUUGAGGGCUUCACUUUAUGACAAUUGGGACAUCAUUCGUGAAGAUUUAGUGGAACACCAACCAUUAAAAUCAUCCUCAAAAGCAUCCUCAAAUCAAACAUUCUCUAUGAAUAAAUGCCCUCCUCAAAGUGAAAUUCCGGAAUGAUUUAGGCAUUAAAGUCCAGGCCCUUCUCUGUCUAUCCAGCUAGCUUCAAAUUUCAGGAAUGCUAGUACUUGGAUAGGACUAGUUUUAUUUGCUUCAUUUUCAGUCCAUGAGCAUCCAACUAUCACAAGUGAUAAUCUGGAUUCAGACAUUACCCACCACCUUAUUUGUCAUUUGGAUGCUGAGAAAGGUAGUCUAGAAUCUCCCCUUCUCUAUCAAAUCACUGAAGAGAACUUCACGUGGUUAAAUAUACAGGGAUUCAUUUGGCUAUACUACAUACCUCGUGGGAAUUGUCAGAUUUUUUUAAUCAGAGCAGUCAGAUUGGGGUCUCAAUUGGAAGCGACUUCCCAGGUUUGAUGGUGAAGAAGUGUGGGCAACGUUUCUUAUACCAUCAAGAUGUGGAAGAGUUUGAGCAAACGAUCAUUAAGUGGUCUACUGUGCCUUUUUACAUUAUGGAACUCAUCCAUCAAUCAGUAGCUAGUGAUUCUCCAAAUGAUAAGCCAAAGAAUGAAGCUGGUUGUUCAUACGAGGAUCCAAACAUUGGAAGGUUGAGAAGACCCAUUUACCCAGAGCAAAGCAGUAGAGAUAGCAUCUAUCUUGAAGAUCAAAACCCUGAUAAUCAACUCAGCAAAAGUGAUUUACAGGAAUUUGAUCGAAGUUUGGUAUAUAAUUCUUGUUUUCCUCCAAGUGAAAUUCUUGAGUGGUUCAACCAUCGUAGUGGCAAGCCACCAGUGACAAUCCAUCUACCUCCAAAUUUAUAUGAUGAUAGUACUUGGAGGGGACUCGCUCUAUGUGUUUCUUUCUCAGUCAACAUCAAGGAUCCUACUGCCAUCCUAGACAUUCUUAAUUCAGAAAAUGCCCAUCAUCUUUAUUGCCAUUUGGAAAGCAAUGUUGGUUCUUUGGAACCUCUCCAUGCCUAUUGCCUUACUAAAGACGAUGUCAUGUUGUUACAUCUAGGUGGAUUCAUGUGGCUAUCCUAUAUACCACAUAGCUCAUUUCCAGAUUGGUCGAAUCAAUGUAAUCACAUUGAUGCUUCAAUUGUUAGCAAUUGCCCAGACUUGACAGUGAAGUGUGGACUCCGUCUUGUACAUCAGCAUGAUGAGGAAGAGUUUAAGCAAACUACAAUGCAUGGCUUGGCCUCAUUGUCUGACAAUUGGGGUCUCAUCCUUCAUUUGACGGCUCACAGUAGAAAAAGAAAUAAGCAAAACUUCUCCAUGCUUAAAGAGAAAGGCAAGCAUGUGCUAGAAUAGCAUCUCCUGUUAUUGUUCUGCUGCUUUUCUUAGCGGUUCUCCCUUCUGUUCUCAAUUACAAAUCUAACUAGACACUCAUAAUCUCUGCUGCUUAGUUAACUUAUAUUGGUCCCAAGUUUCUUGUUCCUUGGACUAAUGUGAGCACUAUCUUUAGUUUUUGCAAUAAUAGGAGGCAACAAAGGCAUUGUCACUAAUAGUGAGCUGUUAAAAAUAUGCUUUAAUUUUAUUGGAAGGAACGAUUAAAAAUGAACUCCUUGUUUGCACA